AUGGUUCAAAUCUUACUCGGCCACGAGCCACCCCACCUUUCAUCUCUAACCCCAAGGUCCCGCCAGCGACGGCGCCAGGAGCUCCAAGAAGCCCACUGUCACUCUCACCUCGACCAGCCAUCCCCAAUUAUUCUUGAUGAAAGCGAUAGUAGCGACACCCUGGCUGGCGAUGAGGAAGAAGCAGUUGACUUCACAAGCAGGUACAACGCUGGUGACUUUCUAGAUGACGAGCACUGGGCACAACUUUUAUCCAAUCUCACAGCCAAUAUCACCCAAUGCAUCACCAUCACGGAUGACGGCGCAUCUCAAGAAAUCAAAGAGGUCAUUCCGGAAUUCGUUUCGGAGGGUAAAACAUACAAACCAGGGAAAUCCGCUGAGUUGCGCGAUGGUACGUUUCUACGGAUUCUAGAAGUUGUGCGUGGGGAAGGGGAGGAGAUAUCGCUGAGGGGGUGGCGGAUGCAGCGCCAGGAUGAGAUGAAUGGGUUGAUGCCUGAGAGGACGAAUGAGUUGUGUUGGAUUAUCAAUCUAUCGGAGCAGGACGCUCUUGCUGCCGCUGCUACUGGUGUCGACGCUACUCAAAUUGACGAAGUAAAACUCCAUCAGGUCAAGGGCCUUAGAAUUAUCCGGUUUACAAACGCACCCUAUCCAAUGCUGGCCCCACCCAAGGGUGACUUUGCAAACGACCAUGAGCGUCGUCGGGAGGGGAUUCUGUUCUGCCGCUCAAAAUAUGUGAGAGUUUGGGUAACAGUUACGGGCCGUAAUAAAAGGCGCAUGGAGGAGCAGUCGAUUCAAUUCCUCGCUCCACAUGAGGCGGACGCCGGCUACCAGAUCGACGCGGACACGCUGCGGUUUCGCUGGAGAGGUAAAACCCUGCUGGGUGGUAGCUAUGUUGGUGAGGAAAUCUCACCAACAGUCAUUGAUCUCUCACACCCGUCAACGACAGUGGUGCUAGGGGGCACUCCAAUGCGUGUCCAGCGGUAUACACUUGGUGACGGCUUCUGCGGUGCUGGCGGGGUUUCCCGAGGCGCACUGCAAGCCGGGCUCCGGCUGAAUUGGGGCUUCGAUCACUCCGUCGCGGCUAUGAACUCAUACCGCCUCAAUUUCGAGACGGCCAUCGGCUAUACGUCCGAUGUGGCGGAUUUCCUUGCGAAUAACACUGACGAAAUUAUCAUUGACAUUUUGCACUUUUCGCCACCUUGUCAGACAUUUUCGCCUGCGAAGACGGUUCCAUCGGCGACAGAUGAUGCUAAUGAAGCGUGCAUAUUCUGUGCGCGAGAAUUGUUGAAACGCACAAAGCCGCGGAUUGUUACUAUGGAGGAAACAGCUGGAUUGCAGCAGAGACAUGAGGAGUUUCUGUUCGCGACAAUACAUGCUUUUGCUGAACUGGGGUAUUCAUGUAGGUGGAAGUUGUUGAAGUGUCAAGAUUAUGGGGUUCCGCAGCCCAGACAGCGGUUGGUUAUACUUGGAUCUGGACCCGGAGAACCCCUCCCCCUUUUCCCAAAGCCUACCCAUGGGGCCCCUCCCACUCCCUCAUCCUCCACACCCCCAUCCAAAAACACCAUCACAACCACAACCAGGACCAACACUCUCCUUCCAUUCCGCACAAUCCAUGACGCAAUCUCCAAUAUCCCUCUUUACACUCCAGACCAUAACAUUGACCACGUAAGCAGGCGUCAGCUCUCUAAACCAGCCUACAACCCACACAGCCAGGCAAAGACAAUAACCUGCAACGGGGGCGGUGAAAACAACUACCACCCCAGCGGCACGCGGUCCUUUACAUAUCGUGAGUUUGCUUGUUUACAGACGUUUCCGUUGGAACAUAGGUUUUUUGGGAAGAAUGUCAAGAGGCAGAUUGGGAAUGCGGUGCCGCCUAUGCUUGGGAAAGCGAUUUUUGAGGAAGUUAGAAGGGCAUUGGAAAGGGCUGAUGGGGUUGCGGCCGGGGUUGAUGUUUCUGGUGGUUGA